UUUUAUGAAGAGGUGUUGGAGGGUUGUGCUUUGGAUAGGGAUAUUGGACUAUGGGCUGAUGGAGACUUGACCAUGGUAGGAGAGAGGGGGAUUAAUUUGAGUGGGGGACAGAAGCAGAGGAUUCAAUUGGCAAGAGCUAUCUAUAGCGAUUCAGAUAUUUGCUUGUUGGAUGAUCCUUUCAGUGCUGUAGAUGCCCACACUGGUGCACAUCUCUUCAAGGAAUGUCUCAUGGGUUUGUUGUUCAAUAAGACCAUCAUCUAUGUCACCCAUCAACUGGAAUUUUUAGAUGCUGCAGACCUUAUUCUGGUAAUGCAAGAUGGAAAGAUCGUUCAGUCUGGAAAAUAUGAAGAUCUGAUAGCAGACACAGAUGGGGAGCUGGUACGACAAAUGACAGCACAUAGACAAUCACUGAGCCAAGUGACUCCACCAAAAAAGCAUGGUAUGCCAAUUAUUAAAAGGCAUAAGGUCAAGCAAAUGGAGCCAAAAGAAGUAAAACAUGAUAAUUUUAAGAGGAAAUCUGAGCUUUCAGAAGGAAUGCAUGAAGAAGAAAGGGAGACUGGACGAGUGAAAUGGCAUGUUUACCGAACUUUUGUCACUUUGGCAUAUAAAGGAACUCUUGUUCCGGUUAUACUGUUCUGCCAAGUUCUCUUUCAAGGGUUACAGAUGGGCAGCAACUACUGGAUUGCCUGGGCAACGGACAAGGAAGAUAAAGUUAGUAGAGAGAAAUUAAUAGGAAUUUUUGUUCUACUCUCUGGGGGCAGCUCUGCACUUGUCCUUGGAAGGGCAGUUUUACUAGCAACAAUUGCCAUUGAAACAGCUCGGCAGCUAUUUCUUAGCAUGACGAAAAGCAUUUUUCGAGCACCCAUUUUCUUUUUUGACACAACUCCUUCCAGUCGAAUCCUUAACAGGUCUUCUACAGAUCAAAGCACAGUCGACACAGACAUUCCCUACAGGUUAGCUGGACUAAUAUUUGCGCUUGUUCAGCUCCUGCUUAUCAUUGUACUCAUGUCACAAGUUGCAUGGCCAGUGUUCAUUCUCUUCAUCAUCAUACUAGCAAUCUCCAUGUGGUAUCAGAAUUACUAUAUCAGUGCUGCUAGAGAAUUAGCCAGAAUGGUUGGGAUUAGAAAAGCUCCAAUUCUCCACCAUUUCUCAGAGUCCAUUGCUGGAGCUGCAACUAUCCGCUGCUUCAAUCAGGAGGACCGCUUUUUCAUGAGGAACCUCAGCUUGAUCGAUGAGUAUUCUCAUCGCAUUACCUUCCACAAUUCUGCCACAAUGGAAUGGCUGUGUGUUUGCAUUAAUUUCCUUUUCAACCUUGUCUUCUUCCUUGCACUGAUCAUCCUAGUGACAAUGCCGAGGAAUGCUAUUGAUCCCAGCCUUGCAGGACUUGCUGCUACCUCCGGUCUAAAUUUAAAUGUACUGCAGGCUUGGGUCAUAUGGAAUCUCUGCAAUGUGGAGAACAAGAUGAUCUGCGUAGAAAGAAUUCUGCAGUUUUCCAACAUACCAAGUGAGGCCCCUUUGGUAAUAAAGAAUUGUAGACCAGAAGAAGACUGGCCAAACUAUGGAACAAUUCAGCUAGAUAACCUCCAUGUUCGCUAUAGCCCUGAGCUUCCUAUGGUCCUUAAAGAAAUCAGCUGCACUUUCCCAGGAGAGAAGAAAAUAGGAGUUGUUGGCAGGACAGGGAGUGGGAAAUCUACACUUAUCCAAGCUCUUUUCAGAGUGGUAGAGCCAUCGGUAGGAAGGAUAAUGAUCGACGGAGUAGACAUUUGUCAACUAGGUCUGCAUGAUUUGAGAUCUAGAUUGAGCAUAAUACCACAAGAGCCAACACUUUUUCAAGGAACUGUGAGGACAAAUUUGGAUCCUUUUAAGAAGCAUUCAGAUUCAGAAAUUUGGGAUGCUCUAUGUAAGUGUCGUCUUGCGGAGAUAGUAAAGAAAGACCAGAGGCUGCUUGAAGCACCAGUUGCAGAAGAUGGAGAGAAUUGGAGUGUGGGGCAGAGACAACUGGUUUGCCUGGCGAGAGUUUUGCUAAAGAAGAGGAGGAUUCUUGUGUUAGAUGAAGCUACAGCUUCGGUAGACACUGCAACAGAUAACUUUAUCCAGAAGACCAUAAGAGAAGAAACCAGUAACUGCACCAUCAUCACAGUGGCACACCGAAUACCUACAGUCAUUGAUAGUGACUUGGUUCUAGUACUCGAUGAAGGGAGAGUUUUGGAGUUUGAUUCUCCUGGCGUUCUUCUUAGAGAUGAAUCAUCAGCCUUCUCAAAGUUGGUGAUGGAGUUCUUAGGGAGGUCAAGGAGCAAUCAUGACUCAGAUUUCACUUGAAACAGGAGGAGGAUAUACCAUGGAGCAUGUAUGUAUACUUGCUGAUAUGAUAGAUUCUAAAGUCAUCCAGGGGGAUUUAUGAAAAUCAUAGCACCACCUUGAUAGAUAGCAGAAAGAGUAAUGAAAUCCUCACAUCAUCAGCAGCCAAAAUAACUAAAGAUUAUUGGGUAUAUACCACUGUAUACGGCAAUAGACAUAGAAAAGCAAGAAAGGAUGAUCAAAGAUCAGAAGAAAGAUGAUACAUGACAAUGCUUAAAAAAGAAUUUGA